AAAUCAGUGGGAUCAAUGCGGGGGAUUCCACCCAGCGACCAGAGAGUAAUCUCGGCCGUGCACCCGGCGGUGAACUCAAUUACCUACACCAGAGUGCAUAGGAGGUUCAUAUGUAACACUUGGACAGGUUUCAGCUCGGGGCCUCCAGACCUCCUGUGGGUUCAGUUAAAUUCCAACACCUUUACCAUCUCGUGGUGCAAGGGGUACACCAGGAACCUGAUUGAUGAAGGUAAUGGGAAGUUCAACUUGAUGUUGCUGUGUUGGGGACCAUCCCACACCUCCACCAUACACGACCACGCCAACGCCCACUGCUUCAUGAAGAUGAUGUCGGGUUCUCUGCAAGAGGUGAGGUUUGAGUGGCCACAGGAAGCAGCAGAAGAACAAAAGGAGCAAGAGAUGGUGGAGACCGAUAGGAAUGUCCUCAAGAUAAAUGACGUUGUCUACAUUAAUGAUUCUCUUGGGUUGCACAGAGUUGAGAACACCUCACACAGUGAGGGCGCCGUCUCCCUCCACCUCUACUGUCCACCCUUCAGCAGCUGCUCCAUAUUUGAUGAACGUACUGGCAAGAAGAUGAAGUGUCCAGUCACCUUCUGGAGCAAGUAUGGACAGAAAGUCGAACAGAAAAAGUCAAAGACUGGCUGUUAGAAUCGUAGAAGACAUGAAAAAACUGAAGCCUUUUUAUUUCAUAAAUUCAGUAUUCAAGUAUUUUUCUCUGAAAAAUGUUUGAGUUUACCAAUGAAACUAAAGUUCUGGUUUCAAAAGGCAUUAGUAAAUAAACAUGAUUCAUGAGGUUGUUGUACAAACUUGUUUUCUAAAUUAGCUUUUAAGGACAUAAUCACUAGAUUAUUUGACUGAGAAAGACUGUUUAUCUAUUUUAAAAGGCAGCUUAGAAAUUUUUAUAAUGUUUUUAUAUCAAUGACUUAUUAAUACAGGGUAUUUAAAUUAUACAUUUUACCCAAAAUAUUUGACAUCUUUUCAGUGUAGAAAUAUCUUCAAAAUUAAGUAAUGCUAAAAUGAGGUGGAAUAUAUUAUUUUAAGUGGUUUUAGCAAGUAAUGAAAGCAGUGAUAAUUUAGUUUGAUUCAUUUAUUAUGCAUCACAUGCCCAUCCUGUGGGCAGUAGUAGAAAGGGCUUCAGAGGCACAUAAUGGGCUCAGGGACUGAACCCAAAAAUCAUCUAGCUAAGCAUGUUACAGUUUUGAUGAACUAGUUACAAAAUUCAGUGCACGUUGUCACAUCAACAGUGGGCUCGAGACUGACCACAAAAACAGUCUCGGAAUAUAGUACUGUAAUUGACAUACUGUACAUAAAGAGCUGGUGUUAUAACUAAUAUGCAGUGAUGAGAAACAGAUUUUGGAUGCUCAUGUAUGUUCAUUUGUGGUGGUCACUAACACUGCCCAAACACCUCGGCAAGCUCAGCAUGCUGCAGCCUGUUUGAAGAUGGAUUUGAUGCUAACAAAAAAUAGUUUAAAUCACUCUUGGGCACUUUUGACUAAUUGUUCUUGUUGUCAUUUGUAUUAUUUUAUCUGAAAAAUUGUGGUAUUUUCAUGACUGCACUAUUUGUAAAGUAUUUAAAAACCUAAAUAUAUUAGUCAAUAAAAAUAAAAUUAUAUAAAAAUAACACUUCAUUAUUAAAUUGUAUUUUAUAUCAUUCAAGAAUUUGUUUGUACAAAAAAAGACUGGUGUACUUGUACAUUUUGAGUAAAGUACAUAUUUAGACACCCUAUAUAUAUAUAUAUUUGCUUGCUUGUGAUAAAUUAUCUUUCUCUUAAUAUACUGUUUAAAAUAAAUGACACUAAAGAGUACAUAAAAACAUAAAAAAAAAAUUAACUGUUAGAUAUUCCUGUCACAAUUUGAAAGGAAAGUUAUUAGAGGUACUGUAC